CGGUCGAAAGCCACCGAUCCCGAGCCAGCUGCCGGAGUCGGAGUGGCGACCGGGUGUGGAGCAGGCAAAAAGCCACUGGGAGCGACCAGUCCCGAUCAGUCCUGUCUGGCUCCAGCUCCAGCUCCUGAGUGGAGUCACAGCCGCGGUCGCAGUGUCCGCCACCGCCUCCGGCUCCGUCGUCGUCGUCGGGGGAGGGGCCGGUCGGACCCCGGGGUCACUGCCGAGGAAUGAGGAGAGGCGGCCGGGCCCCGUGCUCCGCCCCGGCCUAGGGCCUUGCCCCGAGAGUCGCGAGGGUGGAAGCCUGAAUUUUGAUCUAUGUCUUGCCCACAUCCAGCUGCCUGAAAGCACUCAAUGAUCACAUGACCCUGGACAUGGAUGCUGUGCUGUCGGAUUUUGUCCGUUCUACAGGAGCAGAGCCAGGGCUGGCCCGAGAUCUCCUGGAAGGAAAGAAUUGGGAUGUGAGUGCUGCCCUCAGUGAUUUUGAACAGCUUCGUCAAGUGCAUGCUGGGAACCUAUCCCCACCUUUUAGUGGAGGGAAUAGUGGCUCCAAGACUCCUGAAAAAGGGUGUUCUGAUAGAGAGUCCACACGCCCUCCCCGGCCCAUCUUACAGCGGCAGGAUGACAUCAUUCAAGAAAAACGCCUGUCUAGGGGUAUCUCCCACGCGAGCUCCAGCAUUGUUUCCCUGGCCCGGUCCCAUGUCUCCUCCAAUGGUGGGGGUGGGGGGAGCAGUGAGCACCCCCUGGAAAUGCCCAUCUGUGCCUUCCAGCUUCCAGAUCUCACCAUGUAUAACGAAGACUUCCGCAGCUUCAUAGAGAGAGACCUCAUUGAGCAGUCCAUGCUGGUUGCCUUGGAACAGGCAGGGCGUUUGAAUUGGUGGGUUAGUGUGGAUCCCACCUGUCAGAGGCUGCUUCCUUUGGCAACUACUGGAGAUGGGAACUGCCUCCUGCACGCAGCUUCUCUUGGGAUGUGGGGUUUCCAUGAUCGGGACUUGAUGCUGAGGAAAGCUUUAUAUGCUCUGAUGGAGAAGGGAGUUGAGAAGGAAGCAUUGAAAAGGCGCUGGAGGUGGCAGCAAACACAGCAGAAUAAAGAGUCAGGGUUGGUAUACACAGAGGACGAAUGGCAGAAGGAAUGGAAUGAACUGAUUAAGCUUGCGUCAAGUGAACCCCGAAUGCAUCUAGGCACCAAUGGAGCCAAUGGUGGUGGGGUGGAGAGUUCAGAGGAGCCUGUGUAUGAAAGCCUAGAAGAGUUCCAUGUCUUUGUCCUUGCUCAUGUGCUUAGGAGGCCCAUAGUCGUUGUGGCAGACACUAUGCUGAGGGACUCCGGUGGGGAAGCAUUUGCCCCUAUUCCCUUUGGGGGAAUCUAUCUGCCCUUGGAGGUUCCAGCUAGCCAAUGUCACCGAUCCCCUCUGGUGCUUGCCUAUGAUCAGGCCCACUUUUCUGCACUUGUGUCCAUGGAGCAGAGGGAGAAUGCCAAGGAACAAGCUGUGAUUCCUCUUACAGAUUCAGAGCAUAAGCUGCUGCCCUUGCACUUUGCUGUGGACCCAGGAAAGGCCUGGGAGUGGGGCAAAGAUGACAAUGACAAUGUCCGAUUGGCCAGUGUAAUUCUAUCUCUAGAGGUCAAAUUGCAUCUGCUGCAUAGCUACAUGAAUGUGAAGUGGAUCCCACUCUCAUCUGAUGCACAGGCUCCUCUGGCCCAGCCUGAGUCCCCCACAGCCUCAGCUGGCGAUGAGCCCAGGUCCACUCCUGAGUCUGGAGAAUCAGACAAGGAGUCAGUUGGCAGCAGUUCUACCAGCAAUGAAAGCAGCAAACGGAAGGAGAAGUCAAAGCGAGAUCGGGAGAAGGACAAGAAGAGAGCAGAUUCUGUGGCUAACAAACUUGGCAGCUUUGGCAAAACCUUGGGCAGCAAGCUCAAGAAGAACAUGGGAGGCCUGAUGCACAGCAAGGGCUCUAAGCCUGGAGGGGUGGGGCCUGGGUUGGGGGUAAGCAGUGGCACUGAGACUCUGGAGAAAAAGAAGAAAAACUCACUGAAGAGCUGGAAGGGUGGCAAGGAGGAGGCAGCUGGGGAUGGGCCUGUAUAUGAGAAGCCUACUUCUGAGUCUGUUGGUAAUGGCGGGAACAAGUAUAGCCAGGAGGUGAUGCAAAGCCUGAGCGUUAUGAGGAUUGCAAUGCAAGGGGAGGGGAAGUUUAUUUUUGUUGGAACCCUGAAGAUGGGUCACCGCCACCAAUAUCAGGAGGAAAUGAUCCAGCGCUACCUUUCUGAUGCUGAGGAGAGAUUCCUGGCAGAGCAGAAGCAGAAGGAGGCAGAGAGGAAGAUCAUGAAUGGAGGGUUAGGUAGUGGGCCUCCUCCAGCCAAAAAGCCAGAGCCAGAUGGUGGGGAGGAACAACUGACUGUCCCACCAGCAGAGUCCAAGGCAGUGUCAUUCUCUUCUGGCUACCCUGGGGGCUUUACUAUUCCUCGACCUUCUGGGGGUGGAGUCCACUGCCAGGAACCCCGGAGGCAGUUGGCAGGGGGUCCAUGUGUGGGAGGCCUACCACCAUAUGCUACCUUCCCCAGACAGUGCCCUCCUGGGCGACCCUACCCCCACCAGGACAACAUCCUUUCUUUGGAGCCAGGCAAGGAUGGAGUGCAUAGGGGAGCAUUGUUACCAUCCUCCUUCCGUGUGGCUGAUUCCUAUAGCAACGGCUACAGAGAGCCCCCCGAGCCAGAUGGAUGGGCUGGAGGUCCCCCGGUGCUUCCCCCAACCCAGACCAAAUGCAAACAACCGAACUGCAGCUUCUAUGGACACCCUGAGACAAACAACUUCUGCUCUUGCUGUUAUAGGGAAGAACUGAGGAGAAGGGAACGUGAACCCAGUGGAGAGCUGCUGGUGCACAGGUUCUGAGUGGAUAGAACCUUGGAGGGCAGGGGGCUAAACAAAGUUCAGCUCAACUCAUUGGCUCAUCAAGAUCCAGCCCCAGUGUUGGUGGGGCAAAUGCAGAAAUGUUUGUGGGAACCUGGCUGGAAACUUUGCUGUGUUUAUGCUGGAGUUCUGCCAGGCUGGCAAGAGCAGGAUAGGGCUGUACAAUGCCUCAAGGGCUGUACUAUUCCUUUGCAGAGCUUGACUUGAUGGGGCUGAGGAAGUACGAGGGGGAAAGAUGGUGAUUCUAUCUCUUAACCCUUGGGUCGCAUCGUAGAACAUAAAGGAAAAUAGUAGAGGAAUGUUUGGUGUGUGGGGUGGGAGGUGGGCAAGCGUCUGGGGAAGGAACAGGUAAAGGAGGCGCUCAAGUCAAUUAAAGCAAAAACAGACCAAAGUUCUUUUAGGUUGGAAAAAAGCACACGGAGGUGGAGUUGGGAGUAUGGAGGGAAACUGAGGUAUUGGACAAAUUUGUUACUCAUUUGAAUGAAGAUAGCUAUUAAGGUUAGAUAAAUUCCUUCUGAAGGAUCUGGAAAGACAAGGUGUCUUGUCUUGGCUCUUGGAUGCUUAUUAGGAAGAGGGAAUAGUUUAAAUCCCCGUUUAUGGAGGUAGGAAAGGGAAGAACUUAAAAGGGGAUUCUUUUUCCUCUUAAGUUUUAUUUCUAAAUGUAGUCAUUUGUCAUCCAUUCUAGUUUGAGAGGAGAUUGCUGAUUGCCCCCUAUCCUUUCCUCAUCCUUUCUGAGGGCUGAGUUCAGCUAAGAAGGUUGUAAUUUUUUUUUUAAAGACUUUUAUUAAAAAAAAAAAGUUUCCUCUGGGAAAUAGAAGAGUGAUGAGAACAGCAGCUGUGUGUGUUGAAUUUUCUUCAGGUGGAUGGGUGCAGAGUGAUCUGUUUUUAAACUACUUAGCAAUAACCACACGUGGGGUUUGAGUGCACCGUGGGAGGGGUGGGGGAAAGACAAAUAAUUUGGCCAGACUGUUUCAGACAAAACCAAAAACCUACAUAGAGCACUACCAUUCUCUGCUGCUGCAUUUCUGUAGAAAGCAUCUUAUUUUAUUGACUAAUUUUUUUAAGUAAAAGAAACAAAAAUACCCCAACAGACAUUUUAAAAAAUGAUUACUAUUUUUUUUUUUCCUAUUUAAGUGAUUCUUUCUCCUUCCUUUCUACUUUUGGAGAAUGAACUUAACAUCCCGGCUUCUUUUUUAAGCCAUAGCUGACCUUAAUCUGUGGUUAGUUUAUUAAAAUAAAAAAUACUUUGUAAGAAGAAAUAUUUUUGAUAUUAGGACUGAUGUUGAAACUUGGGGUUGGGGUUAGGGACAAUUUAUAAAGGUAGCUAGAGAAAUAUAUUUUAGUAAACUAUAACCACAGAUCACAGAUUAAUUCCCGUGAGCUGAUCUGUCUUUGGAUCUCUCCCUUUCCCUGACCUAACCCUGUUCUUGAGGGAGUUGGAGUGGGGAUGUGGACACAGUAGGGGGAGCUCUUUUGCAUUUUGCACAAAGCACAAGUCUGGACAGCUUAUGCUCUGGCCAGAGCCAUUUCUAAGAGCUUUAAACCAGAAGACCUAUCCCGGGCCAGUUUUCCUUUUUCUUUAUAUUUUUUUCCUGCGGAAAAGAUCAUCUAUGCAAUUGUAUACAUUUGUUGGGUGCAUAUGAAGAAGGGGGAAUAAGUGUACUUAAGUGUCCAGAGUGUUAACUGGGGCUAUUUUUCUGUACUGGGAUUCUCUGUCAAGGUAUGUACUCAUCACCCAGCUAGUGGAAUGUAAUUCCCACAUUUGAUCUAAACCACACAUGAUUUUGUGUGUAUGUGUUGGGGGCCUUUUGUGUGCAUAUAUUCUUUCUGCCCUGUCAGGAAAGCUUUCAACCCAUUUCUCCCCUCGGUAACGAAGCCAUUUCCUCCUCAUUGGAACUACUUAAUCUAAUAAGGUUUCUUUCUCCUCAACAAACUUGAAAGCCACUUACUUUCCAAAUCUGCUAAUCUGUUGAUUUUAUCAUUCCCUAUUUUUAGGUAUUUAUUUUAAGGAAACCUGAGGUUCCAUAGGAGGGGAUGCGUAUAUUUCUGGGUAGGGCUGGAACCUAGUAUGAGAUGA